GGUUCCAUACUGACAUAUGGCUUCAGAGAACGGCGAGUUUUGGCCUGAAUUUCUCGCUGGAAUAGACGAGUUAGAAUAUGUGCGCACACGGUAUUGCAAUGUCGUGUGUAUGGAGUUAUCUUCGGGAGAAAUGGAUCGCUCAACGCGAGUUAUUUUGAGCAGAUCCCUACUUAGUGAUGCAGAUUUGGUGAACAAGAAGAAGCCAAGCAAAAACAAGGAAAUCAAAGAAGCUGGGAAUACUGAAGAAGAUAAAAAUUGCUUAGAAUUAGCACUGUCAUUUGCCGCUGAAGAGGACAGUUCUGACAACAGAGUGGAAGAUGAGCCAGUGACCAUAUUGUUUGAAGACAGUGAAUUGGAAGCAAUGAAGAAAAUGGGGUUGCCAACAUCAUUCAUGCCGGCCAGCAUUUCACCUUUAACUGAUAAGUCAAAGAAUGGAGGAAUCGUUAAAAAAGCCAAAAAGAAAAAGAAAAAAUGCAGAAAAGAACGUCAAAGAACGAAUGCAAAAGAUUUGGAUUUUGAGCAUUUCAAUGGUGACAAAAUUGAUGAUUGUUGCAAGCCUAACAUUGUUGAAGAAAAGGGGCCCAAUGCUGUUGACACCGCAAAAAAUCUCGCAAACGGCAUAUAUGAAGAAGCCAGCACUAAACAAGGAAAUAUCAAUCAACUUGCAGAAUCAACUUGUACUGAUGAUGUGGUUAGUCAUCCAGGUUUUGAUGAACAGAGUCAUAUCAUUGAAGAGGUAAUCGGAAAUCCUACAGACUACAAGAUAUGUGAGGUUGCAUUGCUUGCCAAUGAUAAGACAGAAAGAGUAAAUGAAGAUUUUUCAACUUCAGUUGAAGAAAAAAACGAAAAUGAUAUUACCAAUCAACACGCUGGUAAUGAAAACGAUCAUUUGCCAAGGAAAGAUGUGGAGAUUAUGAAACCGAAAACUGUUUCCGAAAGAGUUGCAGAUGAACAAGAAAAUAUGGCUUUUGAGGACGAAGUAGGCAAAGAACCACUUUCAAGUUUAGCCAAAGAUUUCUGUUCAAAACCAUCUGUUCCGAAUGAAAAUGGAGACUGCUCAAAAACGUCAGUUGAGGAUAGUGGAUGGGAGGAGUACUGGAGCACCUUUGCUUAUGAACUAACGUUGCAAAGCUGGAAUGCGAUACAUCCAGGAGUUCGUCCGCCGUACAGCGACGACGAGACGGUCAAUCCCGAUCGUCCCGACGAAGGUUUGACGUCGGAGGAUGACAAUUCGUGGGAGGAAGCCUGGUUGAAGUUGCGGGAUGAGGUCUGCGAUUAUUAUUAUAAUGAAUAUCACUAUUGGUACGCGCAAGGAUAUCGUAAGGGAAGUGAUAUUGAACGAGAAAAUGAUGUAAAUAAAGGAGAAAAUUCUAGAAGAAAAAAUGAUUUCGCUACCGAACACAUCAAUGAGCUGACAGAGGAAAUUGUGGAUACUUCAUGUGAGUUGACCAAAAGUGAUUGUGUUGACGCGGAGAUCCAUUCAGGUGGAAGACCAGAUUUUGACAGAAUUGGUGUUGGUGUUAGCGGCAUUAAAACGCAUCCUGAUUGCAGUAUUGAGCCGGUGGAAGGGGUGCUUAACCAAGAGCAUUAUGGCGUCAGAGAGGACGACAUGAGCAACUUGGAUGGUGAAAAGCAAUCGAUGAAUUCUGACUCUAGUGGUUCUGAAAAUAAGCAAGGAAAAAGGUUGCUGGAGGUUGAAGAGCGUGACCAUGAAGAAAAAUAUAUUCGGGACGUUUACAACGUGCUAGGUUUUAAAAUGGGUUCAAGUGAAGAACAUUGCAAUGGCCGCCCGAAGUACAAAAGUGCGCGCUUAAGUUUCAAAGGAAAGGAGUUUUCAGUUGCUUGUGAAGAGAUUGUUGACUCCAUGCCGGACAGCUGUGAGACGACAUUGAAUGAUCAGGUGGAGGGAAAACAGUUUAGUUCCAAGGCGAGCUCGAGUGAGUCAGGGCAAGAAGACGAAGUGGAGAGCGAAAUCCUCAAAGAAGGUCAGUGUAACUCGAACAGUUCUACCUGUCCUAGUGUCAAUGAGGGGAAUACGUGUCCUGAAGAUUCAACUAUGAGUUCGAACUGUGAAAGAACUACUGCAAGGGAAAGUAAAGAAAAUGACUUCGAGGAAUGUGAAAGCAAAGGUAAUCCUACAGACAAAACCCUGGCGAAAUAUUGGCAUCAAAGAUAUCGCUUGUUCUCGCUUUACGAUGAGGGAAUCAAGAUGGACGAUGAGUCUUGGUUUUCUGUGACACCCGAACGAAUCGCAAAACACAUCGCCCAUAGAUGUCGCUGUGAUCUGAUCGUUGACGCGUUCUGCGGCGUCGGUGGUAACUCCAUACAGUUUGCAUUCACUUGCGAGCGGGUAAUAGCGAUAGAUAUUGACCCGGUGAAAGUCGAACUAGCCCGGAACAACGCGAGGAUAUACGGAGUCGAGGAUAGGAUUGAGUUUAUUGUAGGGGACUACAUGAAGCUCGCACCAACCCUCUGCGCCGACGUGGUGUUCUUGAGCCCGCCGUGGGGUGGACCAGCGUACUCCGAUGCGGCAGUCUUUGACCUUCAGACCAUGAUACCCAUGGAUGGAUUUAAAAUAUUUGAACUAAGCAGAAAUAUCACUGAGAACAUUGCGUAUUUUGUACCAAAAAACACCAACAUUGAGCAGUUGACAUCGCUGGCAGAUUUCGAUGGGAGAGAGAAGGUUGAAAUUGAACAAAAUUUUUUGAACAGAAGGGUAAAGACAAUCACAGCGUAUUUUGGUGAACUUAUUAAGAAUAAAAAGUGAAACAAAUCUAUUAUUUUAUAUCACAUAUAAGUUAGUUAGAAAAUCAAAUGGUGGAAUCCAUAUAAACAUAAAUAUCACGCUCAUCAUCUCUUGAAAAAACUACACCAUUCUUCCGUAGUAU